ACCAACAGCUGGGGGACUUGCUCUCACUGUCCAGGGUCAGGGCUAACGGCAGCGAACGCUCGUCGUAUAAAAAGCCUGUAAUGUACACUGUUUUCUCCAGUUCAUCCUCUUUACAAUCAGAAACAACAUGUCUUACACAAUCGUAGUCAGAGUCAUCGACAACACCCAUAACAACUCCAAUUUCACGCUCGCCGAGAAAACUGUGUGGCACUACGCCAAUGGCGGGAGGUGGUCCAACACAGACUCGAUCCAGACACUCACCAUGGGGGGCAGUGGGACGUCUGGUGGGCUCCGCUUCAUGUGCGGUACCGGGGAGGAGUUCCUCGUGGUGCUAGGCAUCCACAACUACAAGAGGUGGUGCGACAUCGACACUGACCUCGCACCUGGAGACACGGGAAUGAAGAUCCACCCCGAGUACUACACGGACGGCAGCCCUCAAAACAAGUUGCUGUGGGAUCAACUGUCUGAGAUCGAGAAGACUAGCGCAAAGGGAACCAAGGUGAAUGUGAAGUACGUCCAGGAGGCAGCAGACGGAAAGUCCUUCGUCGUUCACAUCACCAUUUCUUGAAUAUCUUGAAGUUGUUCAUACCUUUCUCGUACCAAAGCAGUUGUUGAAAGGUGGCGUAGGAUGCAGAACGAAUGUACUAGCAGUAUGUAAA